UUCUUCCUUCUUGCUUCUUCAAACAGUGAUCGGCUUGAUCUCCUGUCCACUGUUUCAAGCGGUCGUGUAUCAGAUUAAUGGAGCCGCUCGUCGAUCUUUUUCUUGCACAUCCAACACCGACGUCAUCGCUAAUGGUCGGCCGGAAUGCGUAGUGGAAGGAUCUAAUCGUCUGUUUUAAUACUCUGGAGAAGGAAGUUCACUUAUGGCCCCGUGGUUUUCUGAAUUUAUAGUAAAGCGAACCAACUCCAUAAAGGAGUGCAUCCCAUAAUUCAUAAACUUCCCGCAAUAUUUGCGAGGCCGCGUUGCGUGGCAUGGUGCUGGGUGACGUUGGCAGGUUGGUAACAGAUUGGACAGAAGAAGUUGGUAUCGGGAUUUCACAGUGGGUUGAUGUUCUGCUAGGUAUUGUAUGAUCGAUGGAAAUGGCAGUUCUUCAGACUUCGAUCCUUUUGCCGAACAAAGGCCUCGAACUAGUCUGGUCAAAGCUCAUGGUAUAUAUAUGUGUAUACACUUGCACUGUGAUACAUCAAAUGACUUCCUUGGCUGCGAGGCUGUCAUGUCCGCCUGUUCAAUCACGACCGUCAUUUUGAGGCAAUGCCCUCCACCACCGGCCCGCGCCAAGGUCGCCGGUGCUGUAACCGCAAGGCACAGUCGGCAGUGCAUCUAUGAUGGCCAACCAGAUAAUCCGUUUUCAAUGCCGAGCUCGCCGAGAAGUCUUUUUGCUAUCUUCGGCCACAGAGACGGGGCUGUAAUGCCAUUCACAGGAUCAUUGGGUAUGGUUUGUGCAGCACCUAGGCUGCUAGAGUGCGCGAUAAAAGUGUGUUUGUUGAUCGGCGAACCAUGCGUAAAAAAUGGUGAUCAUACCUAUGACGACUUUAGGGCAGAACAGUCACACUAUUGCGCAUCGAAUCACAUGACAUUCUACACGAUGCCGGCCGUGGGAUUGUCAGCUAUUUGGAUGCAUUUGCAGCCUUUGAUUACCGUACCAACCCACGAAGUCCCGAUCUCAUAUCUCUGGGAACACAAUCUCUCGUGCAAUUCCUUCAUUUGAAGUGGUCGCGUCGCUGUUCAGCAGCUGUCGCUCGAUACAUCUCGAACCCUUAGCAUUUGAUGAGUCCGAUCGAUCCUUCAAGUUGGCUGACAAG